CAGACUCAUCUAUAAAAGACAUGACACAAGACGGGGUAUCCAGCUCAAAGCAUACGGUGGCAGUCAUUGCCAUGGUGCAGGAAUGGUCAUCCUUGACGUCUCUGCUCCAGAAGGGUUCUGGAGAUAACAUUUACCAGACUACUUUCAGUUCACUGGGAUCCGAAAAACAAGUCUGUGACUUGACAAUGGAGGGGCACUUUAUCAGACUGCACUACGAAGAUUUAAAAGAAGACAUGUCAGACGAGGCUAUUUGCCAGACCAUUGAUGGCUGCUUCAAAGCUUGCAAAGGUGGGGUCAGCGCGUUUCUUCUGCUGAUCCAAGGUGGCUAUUACACAAAAUCAGAGCAAAGAAUCGUUGAGAUCCUGCAAUCACACUUUGGCGCUGAGGCUUUGAAAUAUCUGGUAAUUCUUUCUGUGGAGGACGGAAAGGUUAUCGACACGCUGGACGACAGCCUGCUGGAUUUGAUAAAUGUGUGCGAGGGCAGAUAUUGUCGCAUCACGUCGUCUACCGCAAGUGGCGGCCUGCAAGCUUUGCUUGAGAUGGUGAAUAACGUGCUCACCGAAAAUAGUGAGGCCGGCUACACCGAAGCCAUGCUGGAUGAAUCAAAGAGAAGGUCUAUGGAGGACUCGGCCAUGAACAUGCUUAGACAGAAGAUGCAAGAAGCAGAGGAGAAAGAGCAGGCUUUCAUGGAGCUGGUGAAAGAAAAAGAGGAAAGAAGAGCCAAGGAAAUGGAGGACCUGAAGACUAAACAUGAGGAGGAGAGAAAGAAGGAGGCAGAGGACAAAAGGAAACAUGAAGCAAAGAGAGAGAGUCUCCAUGAGGCAGUGAUCAGCCACAGAUCCAUGCUGCAGCUGCAGGCAAAAGCCCCUGACGGUGAUGAAACCAAGAAGACGUCUGUUGUUCUGUUGGGCCUCACUGGCAGCGGGAAGUCCUCUGCUCUCAACCUGAUCCUAAACAGAAGCGGUAACACGUACUCACUCAACAGCUCCUGUCAGGACCCGACUGAGUCAACCAUCUGUUGUGAGAGAAAGGAGAUUUUCACAGGUGGGAAGCGGCUCAUCCUGGUGGACACCCCUGAACUGUGGGAUGACGAUGGGGUUGAGAACACAGAGCUGGUGAAAGACUGCCUGGCCUUGGCCUUACCUGGACCCCAUGUCUUCCUGCUGGUGCUCCAGGUGGGACGCUUCACCCAGUGCGAGAGUGAGAUGCUCGGACACGUGCAGAAGAUCUUCGGCCGAGAGGUUGUGGAGCACGCCAUCAUCUUGUUUGUUCAUUUCGACAGCAACAAGCACAGGCCUCUGAAGAUCAACGAAUACGUGGCCGGAGCUCACUCGUCCUUGCAGGAUCUGAUUCGGAAGUGCGGCAGCCGAUUUUAUCUGCUGAAUGUUUCAAAGUCUCACAGUGGGUUGAGCUAUCCACAGGUGAAGGAGCUGCUUUCGGGGGUCGACAAACUGGUGGCCUCACAUGGAGGUCGAGGGUAUUCCGUGAAGAGGUUCUCCUCACAAGAGCUCCAAGAACGAAAUCAUUUGACGGGAGACAGAAAAGAGGCAGCAUAUUUAUUAGGAGAUAAUUAAUUUCCGUUUUGAGGCGUUGCAGUAUAAAAGAAAUUGUGCAUAAGAAUUAUGGGGUAAAGUAAAUUUAACAAAAUGCCUCUAUACAGAUAGAGACAUAUCCAUAACAGUUCAAAGUUAUAUAUAGAUCAAACUUUGCAUUCUGUAUUUGUAAAUCCUUUGAAAUUUUGAAAUUUAGAAUUAAGCCCUCACAGAAACAUGCAAAACACAUUUUACCUAUGGUUUUAUUAGGUCAAAACAUUGCAAAUCCAAUUUAUGUAAAAGCUAAUGACCAUCGUGGAAAGAUUUUACUUGUAAAUAAACUAUUUUUGAGUUAUUUUAUUUGAGAAGUCAUCCAGAUAACAUUAAUAAAACAAAGGAAGAUAAUUUGAACAAAACUGAAUUAUAUUCCAAAUGUAUUAUUUUUAUAGUCGCUAAUGUGGUUUUCUGGUAGGCUUUCAGAAGCUGAAUAAGCUGGCAAAAAUGAUCCCUCUAAAUUAGGGAAACUUCACUAAAUCUUGCCUUGAUGUAGUUUUAAUAAAUGUCUGCUUAAUGUAAGAGCAAUGUAAGAAGAAAAGUGGAAAGAUGUAUUAAUGGUGGUUGGUUGAUUUUACUAAAUAGAAGAACACUACAGAAUUCACUUUAACUGUGUGCAUGCCUAUUGAGCCAAGAAGGGAGGAAACGAUGAAGUACAGCUGCUUCUUAUUAACUUCUGGUUUUCUUCUUCUUUACUGCCCUCUCCCAAGUUCCUAAAUUUAUGUUCUUGAUAUCUGGGUUGAACAAGAAAUAUAGUUCUUUUUUGGAAUCCAUACCCCACAAACAGAAACACCUACAGAAAAAGAGCUUGUUUUUCAAUCCACUGUGCAGCUUGCAAUAAAAUCUUCUAAUUUUCUGGAAUUAUGUAAGUCCACAUGUCUUCAUUUGAUGUGCUUCCUCUGUAACUGAUACCUCAUGACAUUGUAUUUUCUUGUGGCUUAGGGCAUCUUUUAUGUUGAUCUUUUAAUUUUAUGUGUGUUGUUUAAUUUCAUA